AAUAAGAACUUUAAAAAAGUUUCGAUAUUUAAUUUUGCAUUAAAAUACAGUGUAGAAGAAAUUUUAAACUUGGUUUAAAAAAAAAGUUAUCGCUUCUUAGAGUUAAAAUGUUGAAGAAAAAUGGUGUCAUUCGUGGUUGCACACUCCUCGAAGAUUGGUUUGUGAAAUCUCCACCACUGCAUAAGUUAAAAAGCACAUGGCGAAAACGAUAUUUUGUGUUAGCAAAAUCAGAAUCUUUACAGUCCUUUAAAAAAUCAAUGCCAAGUUUCUUUUUGAUAUAUUGGACUGGAAAAAGGGAGAAGGCUAAAGGUACAAGACCAAUCAGAAUUAUACCACUUGAUCAAUCCUGUCAGGUGAAAUUGACAAAUCAUCCGUUAAAUAAGGAAAAGUAUCCUUAUGUUGUGUCUGUAGCUUCUACAGAGCGUGAAUACUAUCUAUGUGCUGACAAUGACACUACCAGAAUUUUAUGGCAUGAUACAAUGGUGCAAGUUGUGAAAGCGGCACAAGAAGCUGAUUAUCCAAUGUUUCUCAACAUGCCAAUUUACGAAGAAAUUCCAUGUGCAAUGAAGACCUUUCACGACGACACAGAUUCAAAUUCGGCUAGUUCAAUAGAGAGCAGAAGAUCGUCAGAAGCUUCAUUUAGCAGCAAUGACGAUUUACUUCAGCACAGACAAAAAGCAGCGACGUUGUUCAAUGAUCCUAAUACACUUUUAACAUCUAGAUAUUUGAUGUCCAGACACAGUCUACCUUGUGACGAUCUUGCUUAUCACGAAGGCUUCCCCUUGCCUACAUCCAUUAUGAAUCCCAGACGUAGUCUUCCAAAUGCCCACACCGCGUAUCCUGACAGAGAACCUGCUUCGUCAACAUCUUUUGAUACUUCAAUGUCUUCAUUGACAGACACUUACAUAAAAAUGUCUCCUUCAACUUCAUAUGAAUGCUCUACAACAGAAAAUGAUUCUUUAACUCAGCUUGAUCAAAGUGAUUCACGUCAACAAAACCUUCGGACGUUGUCGUUAGAUUCUGCCACACUUUGCAAGUCCGCCAUGGUUAAACAUCAAACCAGAUCAUCUUCCUUGGUAACAAAACCUGAAACAUGGUUAAUAGGACAUAACAGCAAAUUUAGACCAAAAAAACCUGCCCGUUUAUCAAAAAUAUUUCAACAAGAAUCUCCUAUGAAAAAUCCAAAACGCAACGUUGAUUUUGAAAGAUCUAAAUUAACAAAUUCUUCUAAUGAACUUUCAGAGGCAUCACGUGAUCAGUGUGGUACAUUUUAUGAUGUGCCAAAUAAGGCAGAUGCUUCGAAAAGAAUAAACUUCCAAGAUGUUCAAAUAGACCUACCGCAAAGCAGUACUGUAAUGCUAUCAGGAAAUGUUUUAAAAGUCCGGACAGAUAGAGGAGAAUUCGAGGUGAUGAUACAACACGCAGAAGACAAAGGAGUUAAAGGCCUAGAAGAAAAAUCCGCUAAUAUAGACGAAGUUGUCCUUAAGAAGGAGGAAAACAAAAAAGAGGAGGAAGAAGAAGAAGAAUUAACCACAUAUUUAUGAUUUUUCGUUACUUUUUUUUUGUUUUUUGCUGUUGUUCAGUGAACCAAGAAAACCUGUUUACUUUCAAUGCUCUGAAACCCAUGAAACACUUUCGCUUUGAAAUAUACUUCAGUUUUUUUGAAAAAAUUCUAUUCCAGGAAAAUAUGUAUUAUGUAUUAGUGUGUGUGUGGGGGGGGGAGGGGUGAUAUUAACUUAAUUUCAUGGGAUCUCUAACCAAAUAUGUCGAAAAAAAAUAAAAUCCCUUGUGUACAUUGUGUUACAGUGGAUAAAAGAUCUGAUGGCCAAUUUUGCGCAAAUGUAUAACUUAUUCUUAACAACGUCAUACUUAUAGUUUUGUUAUUCACAAAUUUCAUAGCGAACCGGCCACGCAUUAAAAAACCACAUUAACAAAAUUAUUUUUUUUAAUUUAAAAACAAGGCUUGAAAUUGCACAAAAACUAAUAUUCAUUCAAGUCAUUUGACCAGCGUUACAUAGAGGUUUUAAAUUUUUUAUACGCAUGCAAUACGAUUUUGUUGCAUUUAGUUUGUUGUCACGCCACAUAUGCAACAAAAUGCAUGUAACAAUACUUAAAACCAGGCGCAGACUCAGGGUUUGUCAAGUAGGUUGCGUGACUGUAAUGAAUGUAAAUUUGACGAAAAGUGUGAGUCGAGCGCAAGCAAUAUAAGCGCACGAUAUCGAUAUCCCGGAAUAUUACAAUAUGUAGAACAGUGGUGGCAUUGUAGACGGAUCUCGUUAAAAAAUAGAUGCAUGUUCUAAUUCCUUUAGCAGCAAAAUUUCACAGUCCUCCUUAUUUCGCCUUAAUAGCUACAAUAAUAACCGAUUACCCCGGGCUGUACCACAUGGUCCUUUAAAAUUUUUCAGUUAGACCCAUGGCUCUGAAAUUUUGACUGGAUAACAUUUGAACAUUAAUGUACCACUAAAAAAAGAUUUUGUAA